UUGCUGCCAGCGGUCCGGGUGAAAACUCCGCAGCGGAGGGGACUCCCAACGGCACCCCGCCGUCUGCUGCCGCGGUGGCGCACGGAGACAAUACCAACACCACCGACACGGCCACCAGCGAGGGAAAUCCUACGGCGGCAGGCAUGCUGGCUCCACUUUCCUCUGCGCCCACAACGAAGGCGCUGGAGAGCAGCGUCGGAAAUGACGCCUGCUUCCAUGACACCCGUCUGCAUGCCCCGCUGCUGCUCGCUCUGGCUGCGCUUGCGUACACCACUCUGGGCUGAGAAUUCUGUGUGGGCUGUGCGUGCCAGCACUCAGCCGCGGGGACUUGUGCGCGUCUAUUGUUUUCCUAAGUAA